ACGCCUGAGCGAUUGUUAGCGCGCGCAAGCACGCUACAUGAUUUCGAGGGGGAGGUUCGCGACUAGGACGAUUAGUACAUUCGUGUUCAUCUAUGUACUUGGCAAUGCGUUGACUCGGUGAACGAGCAAAUAGGCAGAUGCAAUGGCAGAAAAUCCUCGCAUCUCGGCUUACACAGGCCGUGCCCGCGGCGAGAUGCCAAGCUCCGACAAAAUAUCCAGCCGUUCCCUCGCCUCUUUACAUCCCCGCUGCUCCGCCUACACCCUCCUUAUACAACCGCAAGGCCUUCUCAACAUCCUUCCCCACCCCGCUCCCAACCUCAUACAACGCCGCAAGAUUGUAUGUCGCCCGCGCAUGGCCCUGCCGCAUCGCUUUGCGGUACCAUGUUGCUGCGCCCGCGUAAUCUCCUACUUGCUGCUGUUCCCCAUCCCCAUCCCCAUCCCCAUCCCCAUCCGACUGAACGCUCUUGGCCCCAACCCCGUCAGGCGCCUCGGUCCCCGUCCACCCCAACUCGAGCAAUUCACCGAGCAUGUUCUGCGCGUUGGCGUCGCCUUGACCACCUGGGGACUGGGAGAUGUCGUGGGACGGGAGAUCGGUGGAUGGGGCGGCGGCGGCGCGGGUGAGGUAGGCUAUUGCGGCGGGGUGGUUUUGGAGGGGUGGGGGGUGGGUGGUGUAGAUGCGGGCAAGGCGGAGUUGGGCCUUUGUGUGGUUCUAUUGAGGGUUUUAGGUGGGUUAUUGGCGCAGGGGGGUUAGGGGGGUUGGGGAGGAAGGGAAUACCUUGUCGGCGGCUUCUUUGUAGUACCGCACGGCCAUGGAAGUGUCUUUUGGGAGCACGCGGCCGGAGGCGUCGGAGCAGCCGGAUUCGUAGAGGGUUGCGAGGUUGUAGGCUGCGUCGACGCUGGU